AUGGCGGAGACGGUGACCGUUCCCUCCCCGUCCUUAUUCCUCAGCUCUCCCAACCCCGGCCUGCCCAGCCCUCCACCCUUGAAGAAGACAUCCAUCCAUCGAUCAUCACAGCAGCAGCCUUCUACUAAAACUGAUGAUCCAAAGGUAGCAGAUCCCAACGGUGCGAAUGUAUCCGUUACUAAAAGGAAACAAUCCAAGAGCCGCAACGGUUGUAUAACAUGUAAAGCUAAACGGCUGAAAUGCGAUGAGACGAAACCCACCUGUCAACAGUGCGCGCGUCGCAAUGUCCAGUGUGGAGGCUACAAGAAGGACUUCAAAUGGAGGUCCUUCGAGGAAGGCAACUUUACGGGAAAACCGACCACCAAGACUAAGAAAGGUUUUCCAGCUUCUCCACAGCCAGCGACCGCGCCACUACCAGCAUACAACCCUGGCUUCACCCAAUCCCACUACCCACCCAGUCAUUCUGAGGCACCGCUGAUGUACUUCUUCCCCCCUACUCAGACUUACUUCGAUGCACCAUACCAACCCAUGACGACGGAGCCCUAUCCAAUUCCACAAGUGCCACAGUACACUAUCGCCCCUCCACCGGUAACACCACUGGAACAGUAUGCUCCUAGCUCAGUCGAAAGCUCGAGCAAUUCCUACGAAGCCGAUAGCAUCGGAACUAGCCAAACGAAGACAGUUGCAGCUUCAAGCGUAUCCUCUGGGCAGUCGCCACGCCUGGUCGAUCUCCUGCUCCCUGGAACAGACCUCACUGUUCCGCCAGAGGAAUACUUCUCCUUUCGUUCUCUGUGUCCUGAAUCGUUUUACCAAUCAUCUGGAUACACUCCACCUACAGAGACGAUAGAUGACGAUAUAGAGGAAAUACCACGCAACUUCGAUCUAACUCCCGAGCAAUGGACGCUACGUCGCUCAUCAGCGAGUCCUCCCGACUCAUCUGCCUCUUCCCCCGAAUCUGGCAAAUUGACUCUGUUGACUCAACCAGUCUUGUCAAUGUCUUCCCCCGAAAUGCUCAUUCGUCGAUUCGAUCUCAACACCUGUGGCGUCCUCUCUGUCAAAGAUGGCCCCACCGAAAAUCCAUGGCGCACUCUGGUAUGGCCUUUGGCCAAGGACUGUCCAGCUCUGUUCCACGCAGUAGCUUCAAUGACAUCUUUUCACUGCUCCAAAGACUCCCCGAUGCUCAGAAUCCAUGGGAUCAACCACAUGCAUGAGUCCGUCCACGCGCUGCGAGCAAAUCUGGGCAAUAUGCGCGUCGAUGCAGCCAUAUCCACGACACUUGCACUGGCUUUCUCCGAAUCUUGGGAUCAACACAUCAGGACAGGUAUCAAUCAUAUCAAAGGGGCGAAGAUAUUAAUUCACAGGGCACUCUCAGACCGCAGUCACUUACCGCAGCGGGGAGAGGACUUCGAUCGACUCAAAUUCCUCUGCAACCUCUGGAUCUACAUGGACGUCAUUGCUCGGCUUACUUCUGCGGACGAGGACGAAUCCAACGACUUCGACUUUGUCUCGGAUGCCAUAUAUAGUAAUGGUGGAAACGAUUCAAGCGUCGAUCCUCUCAUGGGAUGUGCGAGCAGCCUUUUUCCAAUCAUAGGCCGCAUAGCCAAUCUAGUUCGUAAGGUCCGAAGAACAGGCAGCAACGGCCCGAGUAUCAUUUCUCAAGCGAUAGAACUCAAGGCACAGAUCGAGAAAUGGACGCCACCGGCUUUUAUCGAAGACCCCGAAGAUGAAUCUACCACCCCUCACGACACCAUGAGAACGGCGGCAGCAUACCAAUAUGCCACUCUACUCUAUCUCCACCAAGCGGUCCCUGAAGUCCCCUCCUUGCCAGCAACAGAACUUGCCAAGAGGGCUUUAUGUGAGCUAGCCACCGUCAAUAUCAAGUCUCGCUCAGUAAUUGUUCACAUCUUUCCUCUUAUCGCUGCUGGUUGUGAAAUGACUGAGCCUGAGGACCGCAGAUGGGUACAAGAGAGAUGGGAGCUACUUUCGGCACGCAUGAAAUUGGGCAUCGUUGAGAGAUGCUUAGAAAUAACCAAAGAAGUCUGGAGUCGUCGCGAUGCGUUUGCCGCCAGUGCCUAUGAUGAACUCAAUCCGCUUUCGACACCCACGCUAAAGCGCGAUUUUGAUGAGUUUACAGAUGAUGCUGAAGAGAGUGGCCUUGUCUGCUGGCCAAAUGUCAACAAUAAACGCCGAGCAGCUGAGGACCUCAUGGGCUUUCCUCAAACACAGCCUGUCAAGCUGGAUACAACUGAAGUCAGACACCGGUCCGAAUCACGGACUGAAAUACUACAUCCUGAUAUGACCGUUAAGGGUCGUCUACACUGGCUGGGUGUCAUGAAAGGCUGGGGCUGGGAAGGUAAAGAAAUUCUAGCUUCAUUACUGUUACGUUACCAUUCUGACCAUGUACAGUAUUGCUAGGCUGAUCUACAGCUUUACUUGGCUGCUGUCCAUUUCCCGACUAACAUCCAUGAUGCAUAUCGUCCUGUACGAAAAUGCUCACCAUGACGAAUCCUGUGCGGUGCAUCCAUUCAACAGGAUGAUG